UAAAAGCCGUCGGAUUCUGUCUUUAGAAAAUUUAUUGUGGUUGCAAUUUACUGUCAGCAAAUUUUAACUCAAUUUGUAGAAAAGCAUAUUUUAUAUCCUGUGUAUAUUAUAUUUUACUAUUGUGUGUAUUUGGGGGAUUGUGUUUAGUAUAACUUUCAUUUGCACGGUACAAGUGUAGACGGAUCCAGUUUUUAUUUUUGUUUUAUUAGUGUGAAUGUGUGAUUCUCCGGAGUUGUCUAGUGUUAUUUCAUGUUUAAAGGAGUAGACGUUUCUGCAGUAUAUUUUAUGUUUAUUGUAUUUUGGUGUGGAUGUCCAUUUUCUUAUUUCAUUCCGGGGUGUUACUCGGGAAGAAAGAGUGGUUUAUUUGUAGUUGAUUUUAAAAUAAAUUGAAAUUGAGAAUUGAUUUCUGUGAGUUUAUUAUCAGAAGAGAUUGUUUCAUAUUUAACAGAUUCUAAAAUAAGGAAGAGGAAACUGUGAACUUCUCAGCUCGUAGCGUAAUUUAGUUUCACUUUAGAAGUUGUGCUCUUAUUCUGUUGUCUGUCCGCUACGGGGCUGUAGUUUUACUUUCAUUUUGGAAAAAUAAAAUUGAAGUAGUUAUAUAUUAUAGAGUAUCCGUGGUAAAAAGGCGUGCGGAAGAUAGAUAAACCCAGUCCGAGAUAGACAAGAGACAUAAAGUAUUGAAGUGUAAGAGAUUAAAACGGUUACUUAUAUCUAAUAGUUUUGAUUGCAGUAUUGGGACAGGGCUUAAUAAAACUAAACCGAACCUGUUUAAAACUCAGCCGUGGUUAUCAUACAAGUAUACGGUGCAUGUGAAUUGAUUGAGACGCCUAGUGGAUAAAUUGUUUCGAGCUCUAAUAAGAAUAUUGUAACUUUCAGAAAGACGGUAGAGAAUUAGUGAGAUCAGUAAGAGAGGAGUGCUGGUUGUUUUAUGGAAAUUGCCAUUUGAACGAGUGACAAGAAAUAAAUAUUAUUGAUGUGAAUAUUAUUUUCAAUUUUAACAAGUGUUGAAUGUCAUUACAUUUUUAUCCUGACGAAGUUUAUUGGUAGUUUCUAAUUUUAACAAGUAGUAAAAUAUUAUUGUAUUCUUUAUUUUUGAGAGAUUCUACUUUUGACUUUAACCAGUAUUACAUAAUAUUACAUUUCUAAUUUGGAUAAAUUCUAUUUUUAACUAAAAAAGAGUAUUACAUAUUAUUACAUUUUAAUUUUGACAAAUUUUGUUUUAAUUUUAACAAGACUUAAAUAUCAUUACAUUUCUUGUGAGCUUUGACCGAUUUUAAAUUUCAAAUUGGACAGGUAUUAUGCAAUGAAUGUAGUUUGAAUUUUGACAAAGAAUUACAUACUACCAGAUUGAAUUACUUUUAAGUUUUGACAACGCCUUUGAAUCCUCUUUGAAUCAUCAUCGAACAGGAGUUGAAUAUUCUUACAUUUUCAUUACAAUAAAGAAGUAACAGUACUGAAUUUUAUUGUCUGGCAAGUAUUUUAUUAUUAAGGUGAACUUUAAUUUCGAUAAAGAGGUGAUUAUUAUUCAUUUGACUAAAGAAAAAACACAGAAAAUAAUUUUGUGAGAAUUUGUGUGUAUUUACAGAAGGGCUGGUGUCGAAUAACAUUGAAAGGAAGAAUAAACGAGAUAUUCAGGGUAAGAAAAUUGUAGUGGAAGAUAAAAUGAAGACUCUUAAAGAACAAUGGGAGGCAGCAGUAGAACAGUUAGUGAGCGGUUUACCAGAAAAAGCAAGGCUCAAGAAAAUUAAGAAAUUGCAGGAAAUGUAUGAAGAGUGGAAACAACUUAAAGGAUACGAGGAUAGAACAAAAAUAAGUUUGAAAGAACAUGUAAUAGCACAAGAAAGUGACGCACACAGGAAGUUUCAGAGAGAGGACAAAAAGGAAGUGGGGCUUCUCGCUAGAAAGAAGCAUGAAAAGGAAGUGAAGAGACUACGUGAGGAGUUUCACUUGUGGCAUAGUAUGGCAGUAAGUUGUGUGGCUUUGGUACAGCUGGAGAAAGAGACAGAAAAGAAAGUGGAACUAAAAAAGAGUGACGUUAAAGAGAAGGAAACAAACAAAAUUCAAGAAGGGAGGGAGAUAGCAUCCAUUUAUCCAGUACUGCCACCCACUGCUCCACAUCCAUAUGCCCCACCCCACACACAGUUACCGGUACUUGAAGUACAAAAGGGUGUGUUGGACAUGGAGCAGAGGGAGGGAAAUCGCUGGAAAAUAAAAUCAGGUAAAUUAGAUUUAAUAACAGAAAAAGAGAUUGAGGAGAGAGAGAUAGCAAGAGAAACAGCUGAAUUAAUGAGAACACAUAGAGAGCAAGCUGCACAGGCAGAACAGGUGAAAGCAACACUGGAGAAAGAAAUAAGGGAACAAUGGAAUAGUGUAGUACAGGAAAGGACAUUUCAGCCCAGAGCACAAAGCACCCCAGGGGAAACAUUGAGCAGCAGAUUUAUAACAGUGGAUGAGACUGGGAGUCAGAUAGAAAUUGAAAAUCAGGGAACAUAUCCAAUGGAAAUCAGAGGAGAAAUGAGGAUGGGUAAGAAGAUGAGAGAGGAGAGCAAAUAUAAUUCCAGUAUAAAGACACCAAAGAAAGAACAGGAAAGAGAAGAACAGGAAUAUAGGGAACUAGGUCUCAUUCGAGGGAUACCAAAUAUGUGCCCACUAGUGGACACAAAUGGAAACCUAGAAUACAAACCAUGGUCAUUCACAGACAUGGGAGCUAUCCUUGCAAAGUUACCUCAUAUCACGAGUGGAGGGGGUAAAUGGAUAGGGAAGGUAAUAAGUUUGACGCAGGGCCAUACAUUGGCGAUAGGAGACCUGAGGGCGUUAUUGGGCCAGGUACUGACUGUAGGACAGAUCACAGAAAUUGAGCGAGAGGCAGGAACGGUUGGGAUAUAUGAUGACCACCCAUACUGCCGAGUUGCAUCAGAAUGGGGAAAGGCCCUGCGAAAGCUGUACCCAGCGCCAGCAGGCACUCUUUAUAAUAUCAAAUUUUCUCCAAAAGGGGAAGAAACAGCAGCAGCAUACCUGAGUCGAUGCAAAGGGGAGUGGGAAGAGCACACUGGGGCUCAUCCACAUUCAGACAAAAUGCAGGAACAAAUGUUCAGGGCUGCUGUAUUGGAAGGAACUCCUAAAUCUGUACAAGAUGAAAUAAAAGCCAACCCCGAUUUACCAGGUGCUGUAUGUGAGGUUUGGGAACGACAUUUCCUUCAUCACAUGUCAAGGGCGAACGAAAAAGAAAAAGAAAAAGUAGGGGAAGUAGAGGAAUUGAAAAAACAGUUGCUAAAAUUACAGUUGCAUGAGGCCAGAUCUAAAAUAAAUGAAGAAAAAGGGAAAAAGAAGGAUAAACAAAUGGUAGUUCAGGAAAUGAAAACCCCUCCAAGAUACAACAAAGAACAGGAAGCUGACCCAUCAAAUGUAGAAUGGGAAAGAACCACCCAAAGACCAAUAUACUACUCCAAUAGAGGUAGGGGUGGGGAUUACAAUAGGGGGAGGGGAAGAGUACAGUAUCAAGACGGGUGUUUCCGAUGUGGUCGUCCGGGACACUUCUUUCGUGAGUGUCGGCAACCUGUUAGCGGACCCCAACAGAGACCAUACCGGGGCAGAGGCCAUAACACACACAUGGCCCCUAACGUGGAAAAAGCACCACGACCACACUCCCAGUACCCUUUGUCCACUGGAGGGGAAGGGGAGUGGUACUGAGACAGCCCACGGAACGACCUCAGCAGGGUUAGGGCGGAACCCUUGCUGACUUUGGAGGUGAACUCACAUCCUGUUGAAUUCCUGGUGGAUACUGGGGCAACAUACUCCACACUGAACUAUGAACUUCCAAAAAAUCUUAUUUCAGACAAAACCACCGAUGUAAGGGGGUUUUCCGGGGCUAUAACUAGACUGCCAUUCUCCAAAGAACUCACAGUGCAGUGCAUGAACAAACAAUCACUGACUAACUAUUUUCUGCUGUCAUAUUUCUCACCGACAAAUUUGUUGGGAAGAGACUUGCUAGUGAAACUUGGAGCUGAAAUCCUAUGCAGCCCGGAGGGGAUUAUAGUAACUAUGAAAAAUGGUAUCACCAUGAACUGUUCCAUCAUGACCACAAUGAGAACGCAUGGACAAUGGUUACUUUCUGCAAACACCUCUCCACAGGGAGCUGACAUUUACUGGGGGAGGGUGCUUCUGGGGGACACAAGGGACACCCUGAAUGAUCUGUACUGUCAAUGGGAACCUUGGAUAUUAUCAUUAGCACCAUACACUCAGCUAAUAGAUCCACUGCAUGUCACUUUGUUUUAUGAUAGAACACAAGAGUACUGGUACCAAGAACAAUUUGAUAACAUCGCAGGAGAACAAUGGGAAAUUUGUGGGGCAGGAAUAAUGAUAGGCAAAGAGGGAUUGGCAGCUAUAGUAGAACUUACCCCCGAACAGGAACAAUGGUAUAGAAUGAGGGAAGAGGCAUCACCCCAUAUAUCAUUAUUAGUACAUCCCCAACACCAAGCUCAAGAUCUAGGACCAAUGGUAAAGUAGGGAAUACAUUUAACAGAUUGGAGGGAAACCCAACUUCCUGGUGUAAAAUAUUCACCUAGCUCAGGGUAUUAUUUGAUCACACAAGAAACAAAAGACACUGUAGUGUUGGAACACGAAUGGCUCACAAGAUGGCAUGGUAGGGAGAAAAGUGAUCAUGAAAAUGCUGAAACAAUGUUGAGAAGUUUGCCCGAUCAGUUAUGAACACAGAAUCCCACAGAUGUAGGGUUUUGUAAAAAUUUCCCAGAAAUAUUGUUCGAUCUGACAUGUGAUGAUCCAAUUUUGGAGGCCUCAAUAAAAGCACAAACCAAAGGCAGAGGAAGGUAUCAAAUGUACCAUUGAAGGUUUGUUAACCGCAGGGGUUUUAGAGUAUGCUGAUUUCAAUUGGAACACACCCAUUUUGCCUGUGGAAAAACAAAACAUAGGAAAAUUCAGAAUGGCACACAAUUUGAGAACAAUCAAUCAAAUCAUUAAAACUCCAACUUUACCUGUUCCAAACCCAUACACUUCUCUGAAUUAAAUCACUCAAAAUCAAUCAUGGUAUACUUGCAUCGAUCUCACUAAUGCUUUCUUCUGUUUACCUCUUGCAGAGCACGUGAGGGACAUUGUUUGACCGUACUAACCGCGCACUCUGUGGUAACUUAUGUUAAUUAAUCAUCAUUUAUACUUUCCACUCUGAGACAAAGACGGUUGGAAAACAGUCCGCACAACUAAAUUUGGUUUUCACACAUGAGGGCAUAAACAUGGCCUCAUAUUGGACAGAAGGAGAACCCCAUGACUGUUGUAUGACCGUGGAAAGGGAAGAGAAAAUUAGACCAGAUUUGUUGACACACAUCAUUAUGGAGGGAGUUAUGGUGUUUUCAGAUGGAUGUUUUUUCAGAGAUUCGAGUGGAACACUGAGGUCAGGAAUAGGUAUUGCAGCACUGCAAGAGGAAGAGAUUGAAAUAUUGAUAGCAGAACCUUUACAGGGACAUCAGUCAGCUCAGAGAGCAGAAAUUGUGGCAAUGACAAAGGCGCUAGAGUGGGGAGAAGGAAAAAUAAUCAACCUUUUUAGUGACUCUGCCUAUGCAGUGGGUGCAGUUGUAACAGAAUUACCUAAGUGGAAAAGAUGUGUUUUUAUGGCAGCUAACAACAUACCUAUUAAACAUCAGGAAGACAUCAUAGCAUUAGCAGCAGCUAUUUUGAGACCCAAGUAGGUGGCGAUCAUAAAGUGCAAAGGUAAUGAUAACAGUAACUCAGAUGCGGCAAAAGGUAACCGGAUAGCGGACAUGGCAGUAAAGAUAGGUGCAGAGUACGUAACACAGAUGGUAUUGCAGAAUGCCACACAAGAAUGUACCACCGACAUUUUGCAUGAUCCAAACAUAGCAGUAGAACAAGAUAAAGCAUGAGGAAAAAUCCAUGUGGCUCCAAAAAGGAGCUGUAUGGACGCAAACUGGCUGGGUAGGGCAUGACGGUAGACCCGUAAUUCUGCCCAGCAUGGUAAAACCCCUUCUCGCUCAAGCACACACCCCCUCACAUGUUGGAAUCAAACAACCCGUGUCCAAUCUUAACCAGUGGUGGCACCAAUACCUGGCUGCUACAGUUAAAGAAUUUAUCGCUAACUGCAGGGUAUGCUCCAUAAACAAUGUACGUGCUGGAGUGAAAUGUGCCCCAGGUGUCUUCCCGCCACGGGGACCUGGUGAGGAAGUGGUUAUCGAUUACACAGACAUGGGGGACAGAGUGGAAGGUAAACGGUAUCUUUUGGUUUUCGUGGAUGUGUUUUCAGGUUGGCCAGAGGCGUGGCCCACGGGGAAGGAAGAUUUGAUUUCGGUGAUUAAGUGUUUGAUUAACCAAUAAAUUCCGCGUCACGGUUUUCCACGAAUUAUUCGCUCAGACAACGGUACACAUUUUAAGAAUAUAGAUUUGCAAAAGGUUGAGAGUGCACUGGGAUUGUGCUUCCGUUUCGGUACCGUAUAACAUCCUCAAUCACAGGAAAAAGUUAAACGCAUGAAUCUUAACCGCAUGACCUCAUUUACACCAUUUGAACUUCUGAUGGUAGUUCAUUUCCUGAUCCGUUCAACCCAGUGCACCCUGAACAAAUAACAAUCUCGAUCACAGAACAUAAUUAACCAAACUAAAUUAUAUUGUUUCAAGUUUUUCCAAACAGAAAACCAUCUCUCAUGCAUAUCCAGAUGCAGAAAUCACUCAAUUGGAGGAUUGGGUGCUCCUAAGGGAUAUGGUAAGAUUGGACCUGCAGGAACUGCAGGACCAAAAGGGGGAAUCCAACACAGGGGA